AUGGGUUACACUCAAGCCAUAAUGGAACGCUUGGAUGUGGGUCAUCCGUUUAUUCAAGAAAUUUUACAGGUGGUGGUUUUUGGGUUAUGGAGGCUGUGGAAAACAAGAAAUAGUGCAGUGUUUGAAGGCUCUGUCAUGGACCCUACAACGAUGGUGGGAUGUCUCCAUGCGCAGGUGCAAGAGUAUCGGGCUGCCCGGAUGGCUGCCAAGCCAUUGAUUAACAAGUUACCCCGUCCGCCAGAUCGUGUUCAACAGAUGCCUACUGCGUGGACUAAGCCGCCACAUGGUUGGGUUAAGGCUAAUUGUGACGGAGCUUGGCUACAGCAGACGCAAAAGGGAGGGGUUGGUUGGGUUAUUAGAGAUUCUGAUGGGUGGCUGGUCAGACAGGGGUGUAGGGGGAUUAUGGGGUAG